AUGAAGGUUUCUGAAAAUUACGAAGGUGUAUUUGGUGUAAAUGCUCCAGGAACCACAUCUGGACUGUACACGGCAUCCGUAGUUAAUGACAGUUUAAGACCUUAUAUGUUGGGAACAGAUGGCAUGGGUUCAAAUUCCGCUUCUGCCACUGACCACUUGUCUGAAUUCAGGCACCUUAAUCUCUGUGUCUCCGCCUCCUAUGUAAAAGCUUCACAGAGGGACGAAGACAAAGAAAGAUGGGAGGGCUUCCUGGCUCAUCCCCUCCCCACUGCAGCUCCGAGCGGGGCUGGGCUCGGGGGUCGGCCGGUAUUGCCACCUGCUGACCGGUGGUCGCUAGGCCAGAUGACAGAGCGGGUGACCAAGCGCCAGCAUGAGAAGCGAGCUAACAAUCUCUUUUGGAGACAGUCUGUAAUAACGACACCUCCGCGAUGUGGACAACGAGCAUAUGUCAAGCCCGUCUGUGUUGCCUUCGUGGUCCCUCGGAAAAAACGACGACAAAAAGCGUAUAGUAAGCCAGUGGUGACAUUCCAAGCCCAUGAUGGGCCGGUCUACAGCAUGGUCUCCACGGAUCGACAUCAGCUCAGUGCUGGGGACGGGGAAGUGAAGGCCUGGCUUUGGGCAGAGAUCCUCAAGAAGGGUUGUAAUGAGCUGUGGCGGCGUCAGCCCCCAAACAGGACCAACCUAGAAGUGCCUGAGAUCAAUGCUUUGCUUCUCGUCCCCAAGGAGAAUUCUCUCAUUCUGGUAGGGGGAGACUGUCAGUUGCAUAUGAUGGACCUUGAGACCGGGACCUUCACACGGGCCCUCCAGGGCCACACAGACUAUGUCCACUGCCUGGCACUGCGGGAGCGGAGUCCUGAGGUGCUGUCAGGUGGAGAGGAUGGAGCCGUGCAACUUUGGGACCUCCGCACAGCCAAGGAAGUCCAGACCAUCCAGGUAUAUAAGCAUGAGGAGUGGUCAAGGCCACACAAUGGGCGUUGGAUUGGCUGUUUGGCCACUGACUCAGACUGGAUGGUCUGUGGAGGAGGCCCAGCACUCACCCUCUGGCACCUCCGAUCCUCCACACCCAUGACUAUUUUCCCCAAAAGGACGCCACAGAAACAUGUCACCUUCUGCCAGGGCCUGAUUCUGUCAGCUGGCCAGGGCCUCUGUGUCAACCAGUGGCAGCUGAGUGGGGAGCUCAAGGCGCAGGUGCCUGGCUCCUCCCCAGGGCUGCUUAGCCUCAGUCUCAACCAGCAGCCAGCAGCACCCGAGUGCAAGGUCCUGACAGACGCAGGUAACAGCUGCCGCGUGGAUGUCUUCACAGGCUACUGCGCCUUCUCCCUGUCCUUCUGA